UGGAGGUUAAAAAAAAACACUUAAAGAAUGUAUUAUAUAAACUUUAUUUUCAAAUUUUAUAUAACGUAAAUAACUAAUUAUGAUAAAUAAAUGCAUAUAGAAAUAUGCACUAUACUGUCAUGAAAAAGUAACCUUAAGAUUUCUUCAUUAAAAAGAUAAGAGAAAAAAUAUAUAAUAUAAAAUACUAUAUGUAAAUUAAUUAAUUUUUGAUGUUAUUUUGUUACAAUUUGUGGAGGUAACUUUAAAAAGCUUUUAUUAUUGCUCAAUGUAAACAAUCAUAGUGCACAUGUGCUGUUGUGCAUUGUUUUGAAAAAGUACUUUUAAUCUUAACUAUGCAAUUUCAAUGUUUAAGUGCUUACCUUGAUUUCACCUAUGACAAAGUUUUGAAACACUAGUACAAACAUUACAGGAUAAUUAUCUGUUCACAUAUUAAUAGACAAUCUGUAAAACAAUUUCACAAAUUUUAACAUUCACAGCCAUAUUUGUUUACAAGGCAAUCGUUGCUAACGUGCUAAGAAUCGUUGGUGGUCACGAGGUACUGUCACGUGACUAUUGACUCGAUUGUAAAGUAACUUGUGUGUUAAGUGUUUGUACGCAGGUUGAAUAAAUUUUUUGCUUAAACAAAUUAUUAUCAAUUCACUAUUAAUUAAACUGUGAUACUUUUUUUCACAAUGACUUUAAUGCCAAAGGAAUCUGCAAAAAUGAUAGAUUUUUGCUCUAAGAAUGUUUCCAUUGAAGAAGAAGGAAUCAAAAACCUUGCCUACAUGAUUUUUAAAGCCCUUAAUGAUCGCAAAAUAAGUGUGAACAACUUUUCACAGUGUGAAUUUCAUCCUUCUUUUGAAGAUCCAAAAGCAGUCGAUUGGAUAUUCGUUUUGGACACAUUGAACUAUUCUUUUUGGAAUAAAACAAAUUGUCCAAAGUGGACUGUUAAUGGUCACACUGGUUAUUUUGCCUUGUGUGCUGCUAUUAAGAGAGCUGUAAAUGAGGGAAAACCCAUAGUCGAUCCCAAGUAUUAUUCUCAAAUAACGAAAUCCGAUGCUGAGGAUAUUUUUCGUGGCGAUACCGAAACUAGUAUUCCGUUGUUAGACGAAAGAGUUAAGUCAUUGAGAGAAACCGGGAAGGUUUUGUUAGAGAAGUAUCAAGGUACUUUCGUCAACUGUAUUGAAUCGUGUUCACGCUCAGCCGAAAAAUUACUCAAACGUAUCGUGAAGGAUUUUGAGUCUUAUCGAGAUGAGGCAGACUAUAGAAUUCACAGAGUUAGCUUUUACAAGAGAGCUCAAAUACUAAUAGGCGAUAUUUGGGCCUGCUUCAAAGGACAGGGAAUUGGUGAAUUUGAAGAUAUAGAUUGCAUCACGAUGUUCGCUGAUUACCGUAUUCCCCAAGUUUUGCUACACUUUGGUGCUAUUCGUUAUAACAAUAUUCUCCUGAGCAAGUUGCAGUCUGAUAUAGAAUUAGAAAACGGUAGCGAGGACGAGGUCGAAAUUCGUGGUUGCUCUAUAGAGGCUAUCGAACGGAUCAAGGAUGAAGUGAGAGCUCUGAUCGAGCGUUGCCCUAAUCUAGCGUUAAAGAAAUCAGAUAUUAACGCUAUAUUGAUCGAUCAUUUUCUAUGGGAUUAUCGGCGAGAACACGCCGACGAGUUAGAAAGUAUACCGUUUCAUAAAACUAGAUGCAUAUAUUACUGAGCAUAUCGUCUAUUUCACGUGUCUGUCUGUCUCGCGUGUUGUAAUCUUGUUUUAUAAUUCUUCAGCAGAGAUAGUACAUAUUUUUCCGAUUGUGUAAGCUAUUGAUAUAUCAACUUUACAGCCACGCAGACACUUAUGUACGUACGCAUAUUCGAAUAAAAUAUUCAUCAUAUUUCA